AUGUACACAAAGACAUGUACAUACACACACACACACACACACGUACAUACACACAGACAUGUACAUACACACACGUAUACAUAAACAGGCACGUACAGACACGCAUACACACAGAUACAUACACAUGUACGUACAUACACAUAAACACACCCUAUAAAAAGUUGCAGUACUUCGUUGUUCACUCACAGAGGCGGGUACUGCAUUCUAGGGGGAGGCAGAGAGCACAGCACACACUCCUUCCUUUGCUUUCACUGCGCUCAUCUAUUGAGCAGUCCGACGGCUCCCAGUGCCACUGACAGAUCCGGCCUGAGCUCCCAGCCUGCUCAGCAAGACAGCCCUGGAGGACACACUCACCCCCACCAUAAUUUCCACUCGCCAUUGGCGAGCGGGCGAGUGGAAAUUUCAAGCCCUGGGCUAGGACCUCUUUCAG